GAGAGUAGUGUACUGGUACUAGUACUUCUCUGCAUCACGUUUUCUAAUUCCCCGGAUGCACACGGUCAAAUCUAACGCUCCAGAUGAUGAAAUCUCCGACUGGGUUCUUUCCAACUAAUGGGGUUGUGCCACGUAUGAUGGGAUUCUGGUGGGUUUUGUGCGAGCGUGUAGAGGGGAAUAUUACCAUGUCUUAGAGGGAACAAGAGAGAGUGAUGUGAAUAAGGCCAACCUUGUAGAGAGAGAAAGGAAGAAGAGAAGCAGAAGAAGCUGAGAGAAGUGUAACCGUUUUGUUUCUUACCAUCUGAGGAACCGAGGGAAUCUUUUGUUUUUUUCUUGGUGGGUUUAAGAUUAAAAGGAAGAGGAGAGGAGGAGGAAAUGUUGUUGGGUUUUUCUUGGUGUUGUGGGAAAACUAAGGUUAUUGGACUGGCAGCGUGUUAUCAAAAUUAAUGCCAGGGUCGUCCUGUUGGAUCUGUAUACUAAUUGAGCUACUUAUCAAUUUACAUCUGCCAAAUUGGAAGCAAAAACUUAAGUGCGAUCUGCCAUGCCAAAGAGGUUUUAGAGGAAAACGGGACAUGAUUGUUUUGGUGAGGACAUGCUUGAGCCAAGGGAAACUGAUAUACCAGCUUUGUUUCUGGUCUUUGUUGUGCUUCCCCUGGUUACAUAUAUCUUGCUAGGAAAAUGGAGCGAGUCAACGAAAAAAAAAGAGAGGGUUAGUUUGCUUACUCAACAGGCAGCUGAAGAAUCUCUUAGAGUUGAAGCAAUGACUGCUACUACUGUUGCCCCUGUGUUAUGCUUGCCAAACAAUUCAACUCAUCAGUGUGCAAGAUGCUUUGGUCAAAGUACAACUCGCUGUAAACGGUGCAAGUCUGUUUGGUACUGUUCCGGAAAGUGUCAGAUUAUUCAUUGGAGGGAAGUGCACAAGCAUGAGUGCCAGGAAUUGGAUAGCAAUUGCAGCAUUUCAUCUCCUAAACUCACCCUAGCCAAUGAGUUUCCUGGUGGAGUAUCACUUGAUGGCAGUGUAGAUUUCCAAUCCUUUGAGUACAAUAACAACCAACCUAUGCUUGAAGAAACUCCUUCAGAGAAUACUAGUUGUUCUCCCUUGCUGCCCGUAGCUGUUACAGCUUGUGCGGAAGUGGAUACAUCUGGGACCCCUUUGACAGAGAGAAGAUCUGUGGACAAGCGACCUUCUUGUAAAAGCAACAGAGAAACGUCAAAUAAUGGUCUUGAGCACCUACCAGAUUGCUCUGAUAGAGCAAAUCCUAAUGGGGUUUCUUGUUCACCCUUGUCUUGUAAUAUGCCGGUGAAGGAAGCUUCUAUGGGACACAAGUCAAGAGAAAGUGAUUCUUUGCUAGACCAUGAUGUCAGCAUUCCUAUGGGAGUGAGCUAUGGAAAUGCAAAUGCAAGAAGCUCACAGGAAGAACAUCAUAUGAUUCGACGACAGAGCAAGCAUAUUUCUGACAUGAGAAAUAAUUAUGCCACCUCAAACUCGUCAAAUAAUGAAACGAGUUUAUGUAAUACUCCCUAUUCAAUGAAUGGAGAAAACUUGCAGAAGAAGGAAACUACAUCUCAUGAUGAAGUAGCAGAGGCAUGUUGUUCAACUCAAAGGGCUACAAAUAAGAGAAGCAAUAAGGCUAGAAGUGCAUCUCAAUCUCCAAAGCUCCAUAAAUCACCAAAAUCAGUGAUUAAAGCGUCCAGAGAACAAACAUGUUCAGAUCUGGAUCUUAAGGGUGUAACAGCGUAUGAGUCUAAAAUUAAUCGAACAAAGGAUGCUGGCCCUUCACAAGGAAGUAAUGGUGUUACUGGCAUGGGAAUUAUGAAGAUGAUUGGCUUCAUGAAGCCUUCAAAACUUGAGAGACUAGAGACUUCAGAAGUAAAUUCUGACCAGCAUAAGAAAGUUAAGAUGCUAUUUCCGUAUGAAGAUUUUGUGAAGUUCUUUCAGUAUGAAGUUUUCAACAUGUCUCCAAGAGGUCUUAUAAAUUGUGGAAACAGUUGUUAUGCCAAUGCUGUAUUGCAGUGUCUGACCUGCACAAAGCCUCUCCUUGUGUUUCUGCUUCAGAGAUUGCAUUCUAGAGCUUCUUGUAUCAGAGAUUGGUGCCUCGUGUGUGAACUUGAGCAACAUGUAAUGAUGUUAAGAGAAAGUGGAGAUCCAAUUUCUCCAAGCAGGAUCCUAUCACACAUACGUGGUAUCAAUUGCCAGAUUGGUGAUGGAAGUCAAGAAGAUGCUCAUGAAUUUUUGCGGCUUCUUAUUGCGUCAAUGCAAUCGAUAUGCUUGGAAGGAUUAGGCGGUGAGAAUGUGGUUGAUCCCAGAUUGCAGGAAACAACUUUUGUACAACAUACAUUUGGUGGGCGCCUGAGAUCAAAGGUGAAAUGUUUAAGAUGUCAUCAUGAGUCUGAGAGGUCAGAGAACAUAAUGGAUCUGACACUGGAGAUAUUUGGUUGGGUGCAGUCUUUGGAAGAUGCAUUAACGCAAUUUACAAGUCCAGAAGAACUUGAUGGAGAAAAUAUGUAUAGAUGUGGCAGGUGCGCCGCCUAUGUUCGAGCUCGAAAGCAAUUGAGCAUACAGGAGGCUCCAAAUAUACUAACUAUUGUGUUGAAGAGAUUUCAGGAAGGACGUUAUGGGAAGAUAAAUAAAUGUAUCACUUUCCCGGAUAUGCUAGAUAUGGUCCCUUUUAUGACUGGGACAGAUGACAUACCUCCACUUUACAUGCUUUAUGCUGUUGUUGUGCACCUGGAUACACUAAAUGCAUCCUUUUCUGGGCACUAUAUCGCAUAUAUCAAAGAUCUGCAAGGAAAUUGGUUCAGGAUUGACGACACUGAGGUACAGCCUGUAGAAAUGACUCAGGUGAUGUCAGAAGGAGCAUAUAUCUUAUUUUACAUGAGGUCAUCCCCGCGGCCAUAUAGGGGCUGUACUAGAAAAAUUACCCGCCAGCAAGCUGCUGGGAUCCCAAGGCACUGGCCAUCAAGAGCUCAGAAGUCCUCCAGACUAGAACAAAGCAGAGUGAGUCACCGUGUUGCUGACCCUUGCCCUCCUUCAGAUCAUAAUUGGUGCAUGAACUUUUCAAGUUACGCAACUGGUCUCAGGAGUGAGAGUGGGAAUAGACAUCCUGCUGAGACUUAUGCUCAACCACUGAGCAGGGAGUUCUCAGAUGCUACAUCAAGUGAUUGGUCCCUUUUCACAAGCUCAGAUGAAGCAUCUUUUACAACUGAGAGUACAAGGGACUCUUUCAGUACCGUGGACUAUGCUGAUGCAAGCAAUAUUGAUCCAUUCUCGUCAAUAUUUAGCAACAUAUAUCCAUCAGGGUAUCCACCUCAGAGGACUCUAGCAUGUAAUAUGUUUCCAACCAGCAUGAUCCAAACUAGAUUCUUUUCAGAGCAGAAGGGUUCUGUUGCGGAACACUAUUUGCCACCUCAACCUCUGACGAGAGCUUUGAGUGGAAAGAGUUCAAGAAAGGUUGUGUGGCCUUCUGGAGCAUUCCAUAACGAUACUCAUGAUGGCAGACAUGUAGGAUAUGGGAAUGAUACCAGCAAUGGACUUUCCCAAACUUCUGUAAAUUGUAACAUAUAGAGUAUUCUGGGAAUUCAGACUCGAUUUUUAGGGCAAACUAGCUAGGUACAAACUGUGCCUCACAUUUUUGGCUUCUAGUAUUUUAAUUGAUGGGGCACAUUAGUUUAUAGGUUAAAUGUCAAGAGAAUGAAUUCCUGUUGUAUUUAAGUUUACAGUUGAAAAGCAUAAGAUUUCUCA